AUGAGUAUGGAUUGCGGAACAAUAUGUCCGAUCUGUUUUUCGGAGUAUACGUCUGCAGGAAGCCAUAGGAUUGCUGCUCUUGGAUGUGGACAUUUGUUUGGAAGCCAGUGUAUCCAGAAGUGGGCUGGGAAAAAGGCCAAGAUUCAAUGCCCGCUAUGCACCACAACAACAUCUUCAAAGCAGAUCAGAGCAAUAUAUGCAUCAAAGGUUGUAGCAGUGGACAAUUCAAAUGAGCAGAUACUAUACGAAAAAUUGCAGAACGAGGAAAAGGAAAAAAUGGGGUACAUGGAGAGCAAUGCAAGCCUUUUGGCACAGAUAGAGCAACUCAAGUGCGAUCUCAUGAUUGCUAAGAGCAAGAUUCUCAAAGGACCAUGCACUAAUCUGCAUAUAAACAGAGAAUUUGCCAUUAGGACAGGCCUGAAUCCUCUUGGCACAUUGAUAGAGUACGAUGAUCCAGGAUGUAUUCUGAUCCUUACAUACAAACAGGGCAAUGCAGUGGGUAUACGUAAGCUUGGAUGCCAUGACUUUAGUAAAAAGGAGAUUGUUGUGCUUGGAGAGGGCCCAGAAAUACGAGCAAUUGCAAUGAGUCCUUUUGCAGAUGGAGUCGGCCUGGUUGCAGUAGGCAUGACUUUGAAUGCUAUUAACAUAUACAAUGGAAAUGUUAUUUCGACAUGCAAUAUUCAAUGUGCAAUAUCAAGUGUAUGCUUUGAUGAGGAAGACAAGAGCAUGGUAUAUUGCGGAGAUGAUAGUGGAUGCAUACAUUUUGUCAAUAUCUCACAGGCAUUGGUGCUCAAAAGCAUCAAGAUAUGCAAGACAUCCAUUCAUUCAAUAUGCAGGAAGGGGAUGGAUGUUUUUGCAUGUACAUUUCACAAUGCAUACAGGGUUCUUUUUUCUGGAGAAUGCAUUCCUUAUAUUUUAGAUAUGGAGCCUUAUUCUAUCUGUACAAGCAUGCAUGGAUGCACCGGCCAUGCUCUUUUUACACUUCGUGAUGCAGACUUUGGAAUAAGACAUUUUCUGUGCUCUAGAAAGGAAGUUUACUUCAGGACAGGUGUUAAGCAAAUAAGACGGCACAGAGACAGGAUACACGGUGAUUAUCUGUAUGUGUCUGAUGACAGCCACAAUUCUAUUAGAGUGGUUGAUAUGCAUUCACUUGAUGUAGUGUAUACAUAUACCUUCAAGGAGCAGAUUUUGGACUUCUGUGUUACUAGCCAUCUGAUGAUUGUUCUAACAAGGGCAUUAAUUCAUGUGUUCUCUAGCAAUCACUCUUCGAAAUUGAAAGGUCAGGCUCGGUCGAUUGAUGAUUGUAAUGAGGAAUAG